GGUCCCUAACCGAUUUAAAAUGGUUAGGGUUAGGAAAGGAUUAAGGUUAAAGUUAGGCUAAGGGUAGGAGUUAGGGUAUGGGCGUCGCAACGAUUCCGUAUAGCACCAACGCUCUGAUUAGCUCAGGAAAUGUGUCUUUACUGGCCGGUGAAGUUAGUAUUCUAAUCGUCCCUUAGCAACUCGUCUCUAACAAGAUACACCACAGGCAGAGAAAACAGCAUUGCUGGAGUGGAAAAUGGAAUAUGGAUUCAAUCAAGAGGAGCGUGUAUUUUCCGCGAAGAAGAUCCAGACAUACUGGAGGUCUCACCAAGACAAAAGACUUUUCCAGCUGAUGUCGCUCACUGUUCGUGCUGCUGAGCACUGUCUUGCACCUGCUAUUCUCCGCCAACUCAGCCCCAGUGAAGCUGAUCUGGUCAGAGAUCCAAGCAUGCACUGCAAGGUCAGAUUCAGAUUUUCAGGGUCCCAGUUUCCUCCAGUGAUUGUCUUCAAGAUAUUCCACCUUGGAGGAGGAAGACAAUAUAUUUCUGGGAAAAGAGUGUUCCGACCAUCUAAUCAGGCCACAACAGACACCUGCAGGAUGAUGGGAAAUAGGAUAUUCAUCAAUCACAUUAUUGCUGAUGAGAUCCAGAGGCAAGGGAGAAUGAUUUCUGACACGUCUUAUAUCACCUGUAUGAGGGACUUUAUGCAGGUCUCCUGCUGCUCCCCCCUCUUCUGUGGUUUCUACAGCACGCCAUGCCUCACAACCUGCCACUAGCUCCACCCCACUCCCCUCAACUCGCCGCUCUGCCCGUGCACGCACCACAGCUGCCCGCAUGAGACAUCUGUAUAUCCUUGGGGGUACACCAAAGGAUGAGAAUAAUGAAACAACAGAGAAAAACCACAACCCAGAGAGAGGAGAGCAAGAGAAAGACAUGGAAGGAAGUGUAAAGCCUGAAGCACCCCAGAUAGUUUGGCCAUUGGGAUUGGAGGAAGACUCCAGUGAGGAUUCCCUCUCGGAUUCUGAGUGGGAAGAGGAAGCAGAGAAACUCUGCUUGUGGACAAGACAGCUUGCUCUGGAUGAUAUGGACAAUGUGCCAUCCACCUGAACUAGAACUUCAACUUGAGCAAGACUAACCCUAACCCAAAAAAACAUUUUCCACUCCUAUGGCUGUUCAUUUUCUCUUCUCUUGCUUUGUACACAAAUCUAAUAAAAAUGCUUGUGUAAAUUAGUGUAUUAGCCUACAGCUGUGACUGGGUAUUCUACUGCCUCAACCUAAGGCCUGGGCUUUCGUGUUACAGGUGGUAGAGCAGUAGCCUCGAUAAGACUGGAAGACUGCGCCAUAAAACUAAGAUCAAGCCUGUCAGCUGUUCUCACUCGCGCUACAUUUGUGGCAGUGGUGGGAUUAUUAUGGUGGCGUCACAGGUGCUGGAGAAGUAUGUGUCACCUGCUAGCAGUGGGGCUUUGUGCAUGUGUAACCGGUUCUGUACGUUGUGUUCUGGUGAGGUGUAGGUGGAAGGGAAGAGAAGGCUCUGGACAUAAUUCUGCCGGUUGUCUCUCUUUUAAUGACUGCAUGGAAUGGAUACAAAUAGAAGGCAAACGUUUAUGCUGCUGUCUGGACUUAGGCUGGACAAUAGAAAGAGUCAAAAUUCACCCAAGGCUGACAAAUGGCAUAAUAACGUUGGCUAAACUGGAAAACUAGCGCGAGCCUAUAGCAAAUAAAUGGAAUUGAAGUUCGCAGAGCCUCUAACUGGAGUGACGCUUAGAAUUCCAUUUCGCCUAAAUGGCACCAAAAAAUUUAGCCCUUUUUAUUUUACCACUACAAUCUGUUUGUAACGGUUCUCUUGUGGUGAAGGAGAGUCGGACCAAAA